AUGCAUGACAUAAUUAGUGGUAAAAAAACAACAUAUUCUGUCAAAGCAAAAAUUGCACUGGACAAAGUUAACAGUUCCAAGGAGGGUUUUGGGUCAGUGGAGAAAGUCGUGCUGCUCACAUUUCUGUCGGCUGUUAUCCUGAUGGCAGUCUUGGGGAACCUGCUGGUGAUGGUGGCUGUGUGCAGGGACAGGCAGCUCAGGAAAAUAAAAACCAAUUAUUUCAUUGUGUCUCUUGCCUUUGCGGAUCUGCUGGUGUCAGUGCUGGUGAUGCCCUUUGGUGCCAUUGAGCUGGUUCAAGACAUCUGGAUUUAUGGGGAGAUGUUUUGCCUCGUCCGGACAUCUCUAGAUGUCCUGCUCACAACGGCAUCGAUUUUUCACCUGUGCUGCAUUUCUCUGGAUAGGUAUUAUGCCAUCUGCUGCCAGCCUUUGGUCUAUAGGAACAAGAUGACCCCUCUGCACAUCGCAUUAAUGCUGGGAGGCUGCUGGGUCAUCCCCAUGUUUAUCUCUUUUCUCCCUAUAAUGCAAGGCUGGAAUAACGUUGGCAUAAUUGAUUUGGAAAGGAUAUCCAAACCAAGGCUGGGCCAGGAUUUGCAUGUGAUAGAAAAAAGGAAGUUCAACAAGAACUCUAACUCUACGUACUGCAUCUUCAUGGUCAACAAGCCCUAUGCCAUCACCUGCUCUGUGGUGGCAUUCUACAUCCCAUUUCUCCUCAUGGUGCUGGCCUAUUAUCGCAUCUAUGUCACAGCUAAGGGGCAUGCCCACCAGAUCCAGAUGUUACAACGGGCAGGAGCCCCCUCAGAGGGCAGGCCCCAGCCAGCAGACCAACAUAGCACUCAUCGCAUGAGGACAGAGACCAAAGCAGCCAAGACCCUGUGCAUCAUCAUGGGUUGCUUCUGCCUCUGCUGGGCUCCAUUCUUUGUCACCAAUAUUGUGGAUCCAUUCGUAGACUACACUGUCCCUGGGCAGGUGUGGACCACUUUCCUCUGGCUUGGCUACAUCAAUUCUGGGUUGAACCCCUUUCUCUACGCCUUCUUGAAUAAGUCUUUUAGACAUGCCUUCCUCAUCAUCCUCUGCUGUGACAAUGAACGCUACCGAAGACCUUCCAUUCUGGGCCAGACUGUCCCCUGUUCAACCACAACCAUUAAUGGAUCCACACAUGUGCUAAGGGAUGCAGUGGAGUGUGGUGGCCAAUGGGAGAGUCAUUCCCACCCCCCAACAACUCCUCCUUUGGUGACUGCUCAGCCCAGUGACACUUAG